CCAAUCGCCAGCCUUGCCGAUUGGCGGGCCUGGCUGGCUGGCUCGGGCAUCCUGCAUUGGCGGCCCCAUUUCUUCUUUCGCCGCCUGGUCUUCCUGCCACUCGCUCAUCAUCCAUCCCUCCGCCUCCCGUCCGCCUUCGGUCGUGGAGUCUGCUGUCGCCUCGGCUCCGACCUUUGCCCACAACACCCCAGCGAACUAGCGAUUCUGCUUCCAAAAUGAGCGGCACCGGACCAAGACUGGCCAUCUUUCCUACGCGAAUGGCUCUGACCAUGCUGAAAAAUCGGCUGAAGGGCGCCCAAACAGGACACUCCCUGCUCAAGCGCAAGAGCGAGGCCUUGACCCGCCGAUUCAGAGAAAUCAUGAAGAAAAUUGACGAGGCCAAGAGAAAGAUGGGCAAGGUCAUGCAGCUUGCCUCUUUCUCAUAUGCCGAAGUCAAGUACAGCACCGGCGAUAUCAGCUACCAGAUUCGCGAAGGCGUCAAGUCUGCCCAGCUCAAAGUCAAGACGAGGCAAGAAAAUGUCUCGGGCGUCAUGCUUCCCGCGUUCGAUUUGAUUGUGGACGGACAGAAUGCGUUUGAAUUGACGGGUCUGGGUCGUGGCGGACAGCAAAUCCAAAAGAGUAAGGACACAUACAAGAAAGCAGUCGAGGUUCUCAUCGAACUGGCAUCUUUGCAGACGGCAUUCGUUAUCUUGGACGAGGUCAUCAAGAUCACAAACCGAAGAGUCAACGCGAUCGAGCACGUCAUUAUUCCUCGUAUCGAAAACACCAUUCGAUUCGUCACAAGCGAGCUGGAUGAGCAGGAUCGCGAGGAGUUCUUCCGUCUCAAGAAGAUCCAGAACAAAAAGAAAGAGGCCAAGGCGCAGGACGAGCAGAGGCGAGUUGCAACAGAUGCCCAAGCCGCAGAUGCCCAGCCAAGCCUACUGGCCGAAUACGAGGAAGACCCCGAUGUCAUAUUUUAACAGCGCGCGGGACCGGCACAGCCCAUUCGGUUGCUCACGUCGGUCAAUCGAGGCUGACACCGAGCCUGGAAGUGCAAGGUCUGCUCUUUCGAUGCAGCACGAACAGAUUAGCAAUACAGCAGCCCUUCCAAUGCAACGAGA